AUGGGUAUCAGAAAAGAAAUAUGCGAAAUUAUUAAUGAGAACAGUGUAUCAGGCAGCAAAGAAUGUGUGUCCAGAUCCAAGAUCAGUUCCAACAGUUUUAAUAAUUAUAUUGUAGACUAUGUGUACUCUGCCAUUCUUUCUGUUGGCAAUAGUGAUACACUAGAUAUUUACAAUAUUAAUUCUAAAAUAGAGAAACUUAGUUAUUGUAAUAAAUCCAAGGUUCUUUGUCAUAUCAUAAAUUAUUGCUCUGAUGGAGGCUGUUUCCCUGCAAAAUUGAAAGUAGCUAAAAUAAUCCAAAUUCAAAAACAAGAUGUCAAUAACUUGAUUAACAACUAUAGGCCAGUUUUCCUUGUAGCAAUUUUGUCUAAGAAUCUAAUCAGACAUUUUAAAAUAACAAAUUUCAGUAUGGAAAAAAUUAUCAACAUGUGA